GAAAGCUCUUUUAAAAAUUUCUGAUUAAUAUUUUCCAACCUGAAAGAACUAAAAGAAAAACUUCAGAUUGGUGGUCUGUAAUUCUUCAUGCAGAAAGGUAGCUUUCUGAUACAGGGCAGACAAGAGUUUCAUUUCUUUACAGCUUUCAUUUCAGGAAUGUCUGGAAAAUCUCCAAAAAUAUAGAAGCUUGUGAUAGAAUGAGCUGCUCUGGAGGUGUGCCAGGGGCCAGGAUGUCACAGACCAAUUAAAUUGUUGGAGUUAAGCCAAGUUGCAAUUUUGACUGCUGCAGCUGAGCUGAGUUUCUGUCAAAAAUUUUUCUUGCACAGAGAAGUAUUUUUUACUUGCAAUUCUUGCCUUUUUUAUUUGCAACAAUAUUUUACAAAUAUUUUGCAACAUUGUCUUUUUUAUUUGCAAAAUCUGUGAAUAACGGUCUUGAAAAGUAUUAACACAAUUGGCUAAUAUUUCACGGCAUUGAUGAUAGACGGUAAAAUGCCCAGAGCUGUGACGGUGCCAUUCAUCUCUUGCUGGAAUGGAGACUACUGAGUCUUCCUAAAGCCUUGGAUUUUGGCAGCCAGUUUUGGUAGAUGCAGCAUAUAGUCUUCUCGCUUUGCUUAGAAGUGAGGAGUAGCAAUGUAAUAUCUGAGGAGUCUGCUGAAAGAAAUGCGUCUCUGUUUAAGAUCUAUAACAACAUACCUGAAGUCAAUGAUGUUUUCCAAGCUAACCCGCUCUCAGAGCAUUGCUGUUCUCUGUCGAGGUGUUCACGCUUCACUGAGUUCUGCUACCUCAGUUGCCACAAAAAAAACUAUUCAAGGACCUCCAUCCUCUGAUUUCAUAUUUGAACGUGAGGCUAAAUAUGGUGCCCACAAUUAUCACCCACUGCCUGUGGCUCUGGAGAAGGGAAAAGGUGUUUAUGUGUGGGAUGUUGAAGGUAGAAAGUAUUUUGACUUUCUGAGUGCUUACAGUGCUGUUAAUCAAGGCCACUGUCACCCAAAGAUCGUGAAUGCUCUGAAAGCUCAGUCUGAAAAACUGACCCUUACAUCCAGAGCAUUCUACAAUGAUGUACUUGGCGAAUAUGAGGAGUUUGUCACCAAAAUGUUUAAUUAUAACAAAGUUCUUCCAAUGAACACAGGAGUGGAAGCUGGAGAAACUGCCUGUAAAUUGGCUCGGAAGUGGGCAUACACUGUGAAAGGAAUUCCAAAAUACAAAGCAAAAAUUAUUUUUGCGGCUGGCAACUUCUGGGGCAGAACCAUGUCUGCUAUCUCUAGUUCUACCGACCCAUCCAGCUAUGAUGGAUUUGGACCCUUUAUGCCAGGUUUCGAAGUGAUCCCAUACAAUGACCUACCAGCUCUUGAGCGGGCCCUUCAAGAUCCCAACAUAGCAGCUUUCAUGGUGGAACCAAUUCAAGGUGAAGCAGGUGUAGUUGUUCCUGACAAAGGUUAUCUCACAGGAGUGCGGGACCUCUGCACAAAACACAAUGUUCUGUUUAUUGCUGAUGAAGUACAGACUGGUUUAGCCAGAACGGGGAAAAUGCUAGCUGUUGACCAUGAAAAUGUGAGACCUGAUAUAAUUCUUCUUGGAAAGGCCCUUUCUGGUGGCUUAUAUCCUGUCUCAGCAGUACUAUGUGAUGAUGAAGUUAUGCUGACCAUUAAGCCUGGUGAACAUGGAUCUACAUAUGGAGGAAAUCCAUUAGCUUGCCGUGUUGCAAUGGCAGCACUGGAGGUAAUUGAAGAGGAGGACUUGGCUAAAAAUGCAGAAAUCAUGGGUAACAUACUAAGAAAUGAGCUCAUGAAGACACCAUCUGAUAUUGUAACUUCUGUAAGAGGAAAAGGACUAUUAAAUGCAAUUGUAAUUCGGGAAACCAAAGACUAUGAUGCCUGGAAGGUGUGUUUGCGGCUUCGCGAUAACGGACUUCUUGCCAAACCUACGCAUGGUGAUAUCAUUCGGCUGGCACCACCGCUUGUGAUUAAGGAGGAUGAAAUCAGAGAGUGCAUUGAAAUAAUUCAUAAGACCAUUCUGUCUUUCUGAACACAUGGCUUUUAAAGUAUAUCUGCUGACUGACCCAAAGUGGUCUGUUGAAAUAUGUGUGAUGAAGGCCUGGUCUUGAAGCAAGCAUCUCUCUUUCCUUUAUCUAAGAGGACUUGACUCUUAAAAUGUAGCUAUGUCUUUAAAUUAUAAUGGCUUUGAAGAAAAUAAAGAAUGAUUUUAAAGAGUUUCCAAUCUUGGAAUACUUGGAAAUAAAGUGGUGAGGUUCUGUUCAUCUAGUUGUGUACCCACUGAACAGUUAAGUCAGAAUGUUUGAGGGGAGAUAUCUGUAGAAAUCUGUUUAAUUGUUGAAAGUCUUGGCCAAAGUUUAAGCUGUAAUUAAUAUAUAUUUUAGUAAGGGUGGUCUUGCACUCUCAUAUCACUCUCCAUUUGGCAUUUUGCCCCUUGGUGCGAUGUCAGUCGGGUGGAAGCACUUGUCAUUAUGGAUGAAUAUCUGUUUCUCAUCUGUAGCUAGAAAAAACUUCUAGCACUGAAGGUUUGACAAACUGGGUGUUAUGCUGGUGAACUUGAGAAGAAUCGAGCUGUGUUCUGUAUGUACAAUAUUUUGAUUGUAUGACAAGAGAUGCUGUUUUCAAGCCUGGUCUCGGUGUUUAGCUUUGCAAUCUUGUAAAAUAGAUCUGACCAUAUAGAUCUGUUUUCACUGUUAUAAAACUUCCUAUAAUCUGGAUGUUUGUAUUAAAACAUGCCUUGCAUUAAAAAAAAAAUGUUAAUAUGCAACUAAAACACACAGUGUAUUCAAAAAGAGCAAGCCCCACAGAAACUUGCAGUCACCUCUAUCCAGAGCCCCAGCAAGUGCUGCCUUUAUAGUCUAUGUAUUUCUAUCAAUCUCUAUAUGGAAGCUUCUGCUGUGCUUUUUUGCAGGGUGAGUGCAUCUGCACUUUUGUGCCUUAGGAUGCUGCCAACCUCGUAUUCUGUAUGCAGUUGUGGAGUUGGCUGCUAUUCUUGCACUAGGUUGUUUUUUCAUAUUUCUUAACCGACCUGUGUUUAGCUGAGACUAAACCCUGAUUAAUCAC